ACAGUGACGGCUACGGUCCUGGCACGGCGUCCAGCUACAGCAGCAGGGGGAGUUUUUACGCCGCUCAAAAAGGCUGGGAAGCAUUCCCCGCUGAAGCCACCCAGGCGCUCAUCGUGGAUUAAAACGGGAAACUUUUUCGCGAUGGCUCUGAGCGUGGAAAAGUAGCGCCAGAAGACGCAGCAGCAGCAGUCCACGGAGCCCCCCGUCUCUCUCUCUCUCUCUGCAAAGCAACAACUCCUGGCUUAGAUAGAUGCGCGACCACUGCUGAGGGAAAAAAAAAAAAAAUAACACAUAAAAAAAAAUGCUCCAGCCGAGCCUCUGCAGCACAACCAACAACCCGGGCUUCAAGCGCAGAUCCCCCUUCUUUUAACCACUUUUCUUCGACCCGUCUCCUGGUUCGUCUCCAACGCCUCUUUAGCCGCUAAAGUCAGCCGUUAAGCGUCUCCCCCUCCGCCGCCGCCGCCGCCGCCAACGAGCCUCCAGCCGCCGGAGAAACAUGGAAUCGUGGAGGCUAGGAAGGCGCAAGGGAGGAGUUCUGCUGGUGACAGCCAACGUUGGAUCUCUGUUCGAAGAUUGUGAAAUAACAGAGGUCGAGGGGUUCCAUCAGAAGCCUGAACAGCUGCAGAAAAUAUGGCUAGAAGAAUUUUACAAGACCGUACAAACGCACAAGCCCCUCUUCCUGGCCUUGCACUGCCAGGAGCUCGGUGGGAAAAGCUUAGAGGCCUCCGUGCAUUACGUGAAAUAUUUUGUCCAAGAGCUGAUGGCGAGCAAGGCCCUGAGGGACUACGACAGAGUCCGCAUCUACCUCGAUAUGAACUACAAAUCCGCCGAGGAUUUCACGGUGAGUACGCCUCCGACCCGCUCCGUCGGCCAUCAUUAUCAUUUAGAAAAUGAUGUAAUGUAA